AUGGCCUCCAUUACUGCCCCAUCGCAACCUAAGGCCUUCCCACGACUUUCUACAAUUCCCUGUGGUGAUCAUUUCCACUCCCGCGAAUCGUCUCCAUCGCCUUGCAGUACCCCAGACGGGUCUAGGUCCAGCAGCCAACGUCGCCCCUCCUUCGGUUCAAUCAAAGAAGAUACAGAGGACGGAAUUGCGCAAUCAUUCGUGGAUACCCACGAAGCCCCAUCACCCCAAGAUCAAGACCAAGACCGCAAACUUGAACGCCUUUCCCAGAUGCAACAGGCCCCGGAUUUCUGCUGUCCUUGUGGUGGAUUCCUGGGUUGGAAGCAGAUUCGAUUGGGCGGCAAGAGUUUGAGCCGCAGUUACAGUGAUCUCCGUGGGCUUGGAAAACUACAGGCAAAGGGUUGGGCAUGGGAAGCCCAGGAACCCGAACCCAUGCAGCUACUCCCACCUAAGGUCCCCGAGGUGGAGAUUUUGCAGACUCCUCCCGGCACAUCGCCUUUGGAGAGACUGCCCCCAGAGGUUCUUGAUCAAAUCAUCUCCGAGCUUGCGGUCGAUCUCCCACCAAAUGGCUACGCCCCUCGUAAUGUGGAUUUGGUCUCAUGCCUGCUUACAUCCCACACAUUGCACGCUGCUACUCUGGGGGUCUUGUACAGGAACAUGACUUUCCCUCAUUCUAUUAUUUUCUCCAAGGCACUUAAUCAUAUGUCGCAGUAUCCGGCGCUGGGGACAUUGGUGCGCCGUCUAGAUUUCUCCCACUUCACCUCCGUUGGCCUGGGUCGCACUAAGCAGAUGAACGCCGAAAUUCAGAACUUGACCUCCAAGACCCUCUUACAGUGCUUGGAACUUCUCCCCAAUUUGAAGGAAUGUCUGCUCCAAGAACACCUGGAAGGCGACAUUAGUGUGGAAGUGAUUCAGAAGCUUUUGAUGGGGAUGCCGAACUUGCGCGCCGCGGAUUUCUGCGGCUGUUCGACUCAAGCAUUCUCUGGAGUUUUCCAGGAGGCUUUGAUCGGUGGGCCUGCGCUGCCCAUGACCUUGCCCAACCUCAAGCGGCUCUCGCUUCACGAAUGCAGCACCAUCCCCGCUCCCAUGUUCGACUUCCUCCUCCCGCGAUUGGUCAACUUGACCCACCUCGACCUUACUCACACUCAAGUGAACGAUUCGGCUCUCGUCGCUAUUCCCGAGACUGCCCGUAUCUCGCAUUUGAGUUUAUCCCGAUGCACGCGCCUCCGCCCGUGCGCCCUGGUCAACUUCCUCACCACCCACCCGUCGGUCAAGGAGUCUCUCGUUUAUUUGAACCUGUUGACCGACCCCACCCGCUUCCGUCUUCUGGAGGAAACCGACGUCUCUGCCCUGCUGCCGAAGCUCCCUGAUACUCUCCGCUCCCUUAACCUGGGCGGAGCAAAGAUCACCUCAGACCAUGUACCAUACCUGGUGCCCCUGAGCAAGCACCUGGAGGAGUUGGGUCUCAGCUCCGCGGAUCUCUCAGUCGCAGACGUGAACUCGUUCUUCGGUCGGUACCGCAACCCGGACACGGGAGUCGAAAUCGAUACCCCCAGCACUCUCUGCUACCUCGAUCUUGCCAAAGUGCCGCAGAUGACCAUCGGAGCCAUCUUCAACACCAGCACUUGUCUCCUACUCUCGAACCAAAGCUACCCCUUGCAGGUCGUGGAGUUCAGUGACAAGAUCAUCACCCCACUGCGUGAGCGCGCCAAGACCCAGCGCGCAUCCGUUGGCUGGACUGUGCGAGACCUCGGCCGUCGCGGCUGGUACGUCCGCGAGCCAUCCUCCAUGCCCCACGAACCCCUCGACGACGGCGCCCGCUACUGGAAGAUGGGAGCGCGCUGGUGGGGCAUGCGCAAGAUCCCCAUGGCCGUCGGCGAGGUCGGCGGUCUCUACGGCCACUAUAUGUUUAAAAAAUGA